GGGGGCUGUCAUAUUUACACUUUUAUUUUAAGUAUAUUUUUGCAAUAUAGUUCAUAUUGUCUUUUUCCUCAUAGGUCUGAUCAGAUUAGUUGGAUCUGGGUCCACUCUGUGCUCUGGAAGAGUUGAAAUAUAUAAGUAUAACUCUUACUCGUCCUGGGGAACAGGGUGUGAAUAGUGUGAACAGUAUAAUAACUGUUUUCUUCAUGUACUCAUCAAUACUUAAAUUCUGGUUUCUUUUCAUUCCAUCAUAUUUUACUUUCCUAGUUAUGAACAGAUGUUCAAAUGUCUUGCUUGACUACAAUUUGCCUUUUGAACAUCUCUGCAGUUUAGUGUAUAUUUAAAUAGAUAACACCUCAUUUGGAUCUUUUAAAUAUAUAAUUUUAACCUGUUAACUUUCUUAUGUAAACAUUUUUUAAAGUGUUUUCCAAUAAAAAAUGUAAAUACAAAUCAAGCUGGUUUUAUCUCAUUAGAAUAUGGGCAUAACUGCCAGCAGACACUAAAUCACAUACAGCAAUAAAAGAAAAAAGUGGUAGUCAGCUGCAGAGUGGUUUUCAAAUAACACUCCUUAAAUGAGAUUUGUCAUUUACAUACAUAAAGUAGUAUCAGCUAAGCCAUGAGCCAACAUGGCAGGCACUAAAAUGACCUGAUCUGUGCAUGACUGUGCCCUGUCUUAUCUAAUACAAUAUCAUUUUUUUUAGAAACCCUCCAAGAGCACAUGAUCUUCUUGUAUAGAGAUAAGACAUCAAGCAGCAGCCUUUUUUCUCAGUCAUGGACGGCAGAGAGAAGAGAGCGCUUCACUUCUUGAUCUUCGCUGCUUAUCUCGUGGUCUCAUCUUCACCUUCUGCAGGUCUGAUCAGAUUAGCUGGAUCUGGGUCCACUCAGUGCUCUGGAAGAGUUGAAAUCUAUAACUCUUACUCUUACCCUUACUAUUCCUGGGGAACAGUGUGUGAUGAUGGCUGGGACUUACAAGAUGCUGAGGUGGUCUGUAGAGAGCAGAGCUGUGGGAUAGCUCUGGAGGCUCUUGGGUCUGCUUACUUUGGUCAAGGUACAGGAACUUUCUUGCACAGUAAUGUGGACUGUUCAGGAAGUGAAACUUCUAUAGACAAUUGUAGGUACAGCAGCUAUAUUAGUUAUUACUGUCACCAUGGUCGGGAUGCUGGCGUCGUCUGUUCAGUAAGCAACCCAGAGCCCACCAUCUCCUUGUACAGUAAUGAGGUCACCUGGGGUCAGGACGUCAGCAUCACUUGCUCAGUCUCAGAAAAGUUCUCAGGUGGAACUUUUAUCCUCCAGAAGACUUCAGGCUCAUUCAGUCAGAGUCAAACAUCCUCUACGAGCUCUGUUAUAUUCAAUCUUCACAAUGUGAACUUUGAUCAUGAUGGACUGUACCAGUGUCAGUACAUGAAAACAAGUCAAAGGUUCAGCUCUUCCUCUGUCAGACUCUCUGUUACUGAACGUAAUCAGUGCCGGGGGAGGUUAUGGUCAACGCGAAACCCAAACAAACAAAAAACGCUUCAAGCGGAAGCCAGAAAGAAUCCUGACCGUCUGACGACGAAAGAAAAGUGGAUGUCACUGAGCAACAACAACAAGACGGGAAACAUCUUUUUCUCCCCGUUCAGCAUCUCUUCAGCCCUGGCUAUGGUGAUGCUGGGGGCCAGAGGCAACACAGCCACACAGAUGUCAGAGUGCUUGCAAGCCAAGGAUUGUUGGGGUGAUGUUCACAGCAGCUUUGCCAAACUUCUCACUGAACUCAAAAGGCCAGAGGCGCCAUUUACCUUCAGUGUUGCUAACAGACUGUACAGAGAGAAGUCCUGCCCCUUUACUCAGAAAUUCUUAAUACAAAGCAAGAAACAUUACAGCACAGAGCUGGAGUCUGUGGACUUCAAGACCAGGUCUGAAGAGGUCAGGAUUGAUGUCAACAACUGGGUGCAGAAAAACACACCAGCAGGUAACAUCACAGAGGUGGUGGAUGAAGAUGAUUUGAAUGAACUGACCAGGCUGGUGUUGUUCACUGCCACCCACUUCAGAGGCAGCUGGAAGAAAGAUUUCUCGUGGUCUAAAACUUAUGAUGCUCAAUUUUGGCUCAAGAAGAAUGACUCAAAGGCUGUGAAGAUGAUGAAACAGGAAGGAAACUUUGCGUGUACCUUCAUCGAAGAAGCAAACUGCAAGAUUCUAGAGAUGCCUUACAGUGGGGAGGAAGUGAGCAUGCUCAUCUUUUUACCUGCAGAGAUCGAGGAUGAUACAACAGGACUGGAGAAGCUGGAGAAGGAGCUGACCUCCGAGAAAUUUGUGGCUUGGACUCAUCCAGGCAAGAUGCAAACAUGUUACAUUGAUGUGAGGCUGCCUCGUUUUACACUGGAGGAGACGUAUGACCUGAACACAGUCCUGAGCAGCAUGAGCAUGGUGGACGCCUUUGAUCACACAAAGUGUGACUUCUCUGGCAUGUCUGGGCACAAAGAUCUGGUACUUUCAAAAGUCAUCCACAAGGCUUUUGUGAAGGUCCACGAGAAGGCAACUGAGGCUACUUUUGUGGAUAUGUGUUGGUUUGAGUACUGUUCAGGCAAGAUAAUGCGGGGCAAUUUAAACUCUUUCAUCGCAGACCACCCCUUCCUCUUCUUCAUCAGACAUAACCCCACCAUGAACAUCCUGUUUGCUGGUCGGUUCUGCUGCCCUGUGUGAGCUCUGUGUCCUUUAGAGCAGCUCAGUACCAG